ACUUUAAACCCCUGGAGUAGUUUUUUCUUCAAUAAUUUUAGCUCAUCAAAUUUUACAGGAGGAUGGAUUCAUGGUGGCCGGGAUGGAGCUGAAAGUGUGGGUAGAGGGCAUCCAGCGCAUUGUAUGUGGUGUUACUGACACCACCACUUGUCAGGAUGUUGUCUUUGCGCUGGCCCAUGCUACUGGGAAGACUGGUCGUUUCACACUUAUUGAAAGAUGGCGUAACAAUGAGCGUCUUCUUGCCCCACAUGAGUAUCCAUUAAAGAUAUUAAUGAAGUGGGGAGAAUAUUCUAAUGAUGUACAGUUCAUCUUACAACGAUCAGCACUUGACCCUAAGACACCAAAUGGUCCUGUUGGUCCCCGUCCAGGGGGACCUCAGAGAGUAGAUCCUGGAAGACCCACAGCUCCUUCUGGAACUCAGACAAUUUCAGAAGGGUCGAGGCCUCCACAUUUUACACAUAAGGAUCUUAAGAAGUCUUUGACUUUCAGCGGAGGUCAUGCAGAACUUCGUCGUCACGAUACCAUACCAUCUCCGUCACUAGCAGGACCAUCGCCACCUGGACAAGUGACCCAGUCAGGUCCUCGGCACGGAGACACUGGUUAUGGCACAUCUCACUGGGAAAGUAUUAAUCGUACAGUAGAAGGGGGUCGAGAUCAGCAGUCUUCGCAUGGUUGGAGGCCGCCUGCCCCACCUCCAUAUGAGUUAGUUCGUGGUAAUCCUCCUCCACCUCCUCCAGUUGUGUCUAGAGGAGUAGAUAAUGUCCGAGCCACCACUAGUCAUUGGACCACCCCUCGGCCCGGGUCACACUCCACAUCAUCCCAACCACACUAUUCACCUCCUGCUGCUGUCCAUCAUUCACCAAGCAGAACAUCUCCUGCAAAUGAGUCUGCCUAUGCCACAUCAAGAAGAGAUCAGCGAAGUGACUGUCAGUCCUUGGCAAGAACAGAGCCUGUAUAUAGCGAUGGUCGACGAGCACCUUAUUCUGGAUAUUCAUCUCAAAGUGCUAAUAUUGGUCAUCCUAUGGGUCCCCAAUUUAACGUACGUGGUCCUCCUAGUCAAGUUAAUCCUAUGUAUAAUGGACCACCACCACCAAAACCUCCCCAUGUAUUACUAGGAAGAGAACUUCCACCAUACCGUCAUCCUCCACCUCCACCUGUAUCUCCCAGAAAAUCUUCACCAAUGCAGGGUUCAGGUUCUCCAAGGAAAGUUGCAAAUGCUCCUUUGUCUCCCACUGUUCCACAAAUGUCUCCAACAAAGCAGUUGCCUCCACAGCCAUUAACGCAUAUGUCACAUACAUCAAGCAAAGGAACCACUUCUCCCCAGUCAUCCCCCAUACGUCAUCCUUCUCCAACUCGUCAGCAAUCACCCUCACGUCGACCAUCACCUACUCGUAGGCCAUCUCCUACGCGCCAUUCCUCACCUUCAAGGGGCCCGUAUUCUCAUGCACGAUCAAAUAGUCCGGUAAAAAACGUCGCCUUGCGGCUCUCAAAUUCUGAUGAUCUGCGGAUUCGAACGAGUCCUGAAAAAUUAUCUGCCAAAAUAUCUGCUGAAGAAAGAACUAGACACGAAGAUAUCAAUACCAAAAUGGAUGAUGAUUAUUGUAGAAUAGACAAUACACCUCAUGUAGAUCAAGUAAACAACUCUAUAGAAAAAGGCAGCUCCGAUAGCUUGUUGAAGAACCAUCGUAAGGGCAGCACAGACAAGUUGGCAAUGGAUCACUGUAGUUUAACUGAAGAUAUUGUGAUAAAUAAUGAUGUAGGUGUCUCAAGAAUGAAUGAGCGGCCAAACUCAUCUGUUGACUCCGUACUUACAAAUCAUGUGGGAAAAUCCCCACAUUCUCGCCGUAGCCCAAUAAAGGAGUAUGGCACAUCAAAUGUUGAUGGCAGUUGUAGUAGUCACAACCUUAACAAUAACACAGCCAUUAGCAAUAACAAAGUGGAACAAGUGGUUAUGGAUGGAAGAUACAGAGAUCUUAUCAAACUCAUUAAUCUCCAAAGAGAAAAGCUGAAUGUUCAGCAGGUUGAAAUGACUAAGUACGAGGCUGAAAUUGUCUAUCUAGAGGGCCGUUCUAGGGAAGAUGAAUCUCGGCUUGCCUAUGUGACAUCUGAAAUUGAAAAGCAGGAGAAGUUAGCACAACAGAUUGAAGAAGAAGUUGGACAUUUGCAACAGCUUGAGCAGGAGGCUGAAAAUGCACAUCUGGCAGAAGAAAAGGUCAAGUCAGAAAUAAGUGCUUUACAGGCACAGUUGGCUCAUUGUGAAAAUCAGCUUGCCGCCCACACUGAGACCGUCAGGUCAGCACAAGAUCUAGAAAAGUCAAUGAAUGACGAAAAACAAAAGGGUCAGGAAGAGGCUCGGGCUCAGGAAGAAGCAAUGAAACGUGAGAUUGAUAAACUACAGGCAGCAAUAACAGAGGCUACUGCACAGGCUGAACAUGCUCAACUUGCUUCACAGCAGCUAAUGCAGGAGAUGACAGAUUCUGAGAGACUCAUAGCUGAAAAGAAAAAGGAAGUGGAGAAACUCGUCUCAGAAAUGAAAGAUGCCAACUUAGAAUCAUUGUCGAUUACACCUUCUGAGGAGAUCCGCAACCUUCUGGAGGGUAAGACAGGUGCAGCUAAACCUGGCAGCAGUCGUCGGAUGAUUGGUUCCCCAAGACAGCUAGAAAAUGCAGUCCCAACCUCCAAGAAUCCUCAUGGGGUGUGGGUGUAAACCUCUACUACCAGUAUUUCUUCUCAACAGUACUUUUUAAUGAGGUUUGUGUGUGUAAUUUAUUCGGCCUAGGAAAUAUAUCUGCUCAGUAUGGUUCUGUUACUCUGUUAGAGGAGGAUAGAGUAGAUUAGUCUUGUAUAGUAGACAAGAUCAGAUUUCGGACUCAAAAGAAAGGAUAGCUUAGAUUACAUGAAUUUAGACAAGGUUAGAUAUUAUAACCUUAGGUUAAGGAUUAGAUAAAAGCAGGUGUGAUGGUGAAAAUAUCACUAUGAAUCAACCAUAUCUAAGAAAGCCUGGUGAGAAUAUUUUCAUUAUUUAUUCUGCCUUAAAUCUUCCGUCGAUUAGGAGUAAGAUAUUGCUCACCGAUGCAGUGGAAAAUGCUUUGUUUUCAAAGCUUGAGGAAUUGAAGGGUCAGGAUGCAAUUAAAUAUUUUCUUUGAUGCAAAGAUGAAAGCAUAUCUUUUUAUACAGUAUCUGUUAAUGGUACAUUAUGUUUAAAGACUGUAUAAACAUAUAUUUACACUGUAUAUACAAAUAUAUAUAGUUACUGUAUAUUAAAAUAUACAUGGGUACCAAUGUAUGCACAUGCUCAUGAUUAUUGCACAUACAUGUACAUUCUUUAUUAUGUACCUAACUGUGUAUAUAUAGUAUAAAAUAAAUAAGUAGUUUAAGUGGCCUAAGUUGUUCAGGGUAUUUUAAAAUUAGCUUGUUGUAGAGUGAAUUAUGCCAGUAAGAAUUAAAUUAGCAUUUUAAAGAAUUUGAAUGCAUGCACAAGUGUAGGGUCAGACAUUGUAUAUUCUUACAUUAGUUAUUUAAAUAUUGUCAGCUGUGACAUCAGUCUUUUUAAAAUAUAUUUUUAAGAGUUCAGUUGUUCUUGUGGUGAUGGUGUCACUUUGCUCCCACCAAAGAACUUGUUAAAAUCUGUGAAUGUUGGAUGUGCCUCUAAAAUUGAAGUUUGCAGCAUUAAAUUUGUAGCCAAAGAUGCUUUGUUUUCGUGGAAUUGGCACACAGUUGGAGAGUGCAGGUGACCUAGAAUACUGUCCUUUUCACUGAGUCAUGUUAGAAAUUAAUUUUGUUUUGGUUUGAUAAUAGUCUGCUAAGGUAACCAUGCUGGCCAUAAGAAAGUUAUUUGUGUUGGACUGAUUUUGCUAUGGAAAGGUCAAUAUAGCCAUUGUAUUGAAGUUCAGAUUUUUUGAAGGCCCUUGAAAUGCUUUUGUAAUUUUAGCUCGUUGCAAUGGGCUGCUACCUUAAUUUUCCUCUCUAGAAUAAUUUCCAUUGAUGUAGUUUUCAAAUCAUUGACUUGUAUAAUUCAGUAUUAUUUGCUUACUAAGUCUGACAGUCAGUUAAAACAACACAGUUUUAUAUAUAGCCAAAGAUAAUUAGUGUAUUUAUAAAGAAAGCAUUGUAGACUUGACUGUGGUCAUGUUUGGUUCUCAUACAUAUCAUAAUUUGUUAUGUCUCGCAUGAAAACGGCAUUACAAAUUGUCUAGAUAUUGAAAGUUUGGAUUGAUUUGGUAGGGGCUGUGGAUAUAGUUACUAAUUU